AUGCCAUUUACUUUCUUUCUUCCUUUCUUUCUUUCUUCCUUCCUUUCUUCCUUCCUUCCUUCCUUCCUUCCUUCCUUCCUUUCUUUCUUUCUUUAUCCCUCUUCCUUUUUCAUUGCAUACCAUUUACUUUCUUUCUUUCCUUUCUUUCUUCCUUUCUCUCUUUCUUCCUUCAUUCCUUUCUUUCUUUCUUUCUUCUUUCAUUUUCGUCUUUCUUUUUUCUUCACUUUAGUUCUAUUUUUCUCCCUUUCUUUCUUUAUUAUCUCAUAUUCCUGUUUCAAAUAUUUUCAUUCCUUCUCCAUCUUUCAUUACAUGCCAUUUUCUUUCUUUCUUUCUUUCUUUCUUUCUUUCUUUCUUUCUUUCUUUCUUCCCCCUUCAUUUAUUUCUUUCUUCCUUUCUUUCUUCAUUAUCUUGCGUUCCUGUUUCAAAUAUUUCCAUUCCUUCUUCAUCUUUCCUUGCAUGCCAUUUACUUUCUUUUUUUCUCCAUUUCUUUCUUUCUUUCUUUCUUUCUUUCUUUCUUUUAUUUUUUUCUUUGAUUUCUUUUCCUUUCUUUUCUUUUUUCUUUCUUUGAAAUUCCUUUAUUCUUUUUUUUUCUUCUAUUCUUCUUCCUUUCUUUCUUUAUUAUCUCACAUUCCUUUUCAUACCUUCUCCAUCUUUCAUUACAUGCAAUUUUCUUUCUUUCUUUUUCCCUCCCUUCGUUUCUUUCUUCCUUUCUUUCUUCAUUAA